AUGGUUGACGACAUCCUCGACGUUCCUGACGUUCCUUCCGACCCUCCUCCCGCGCUAACUGCAUCAGAUGAUCGUGACAAUGCGAUAGCGGAUCCGCCACCGCCGUACCCAUUGCCGCGAAGACAAAGAACAGGUCGUUCUGGACGGGGGCGUCUUCGAACACAACAUUUGCACCAUGGCCAGAUGGCGUCGACGGACUCUUACUCAGAUCACGACACUCUUGCGUCGGCGCAGUCGAACGCUCGCGCUUUUGAAGACGAUGAGGAAGUGCAUGCAACAGAAACCACGCCGUUUCUUUCUCCGUCCGAUUCACCCACCAGCACAUCUCGUCAUGUGGGCGGUCGGCCACGAUCGUACUCCCAUGCCAGCACCAUGUCUGCGGCACCCUCCCUAGCGCGAACCGUACUAUCUCUAUUUGUGCCAGAGGAUGGGUCGCUUUUUGGUGAUGAGGUGCACUUAUCAUCGGUUUCUCAUCCGGACGGUUAUGUUGUAUCUGAACUUCCACGGCAGGACACCGGAUUCUCCUGGAAGGCGUAUUUCCGUCCGAUAACGCGUGCAGUAUAUUGGCGUUCGCUACUGCAUCUAGCCCUGCUGAACUUUCCAUUUGCUUUGGUCGCCUGGGUUUACCUGUUUGUGUUUACUGUGACGGGCACAACCCUCCUCAUGGCACUCCCAUUAGGCGCCGUCCUAUGUUUCUUCAACCUACUCGGCGCGCGAACAUUUGCGCGAGCUGAACUAGCUCUGCAAAUUAGAUUUCACACCCCUCUUUCCUAUCCCCCUCCCUACCCCCCACGACCCAUUUUCACACGCUAUCGCGACCCCACCAUCUCAGAGAUCGAGUCUGGCAGGUUGGCAACUACCAGGGGCGGCCUCGUCCGUGAGACCUCAUUCUACAAGAAUACUUACGCCAUGUUCACGGACCCAACAUCCUAUCAAGCAUUAUUCUACUUCAUAGUCAUCAAGCCCGCUAUCACACUCCUUCUUUCUCUCGGUAUCAUCAUUUUCGUGCUGCCUUCCAUGAUCCUUAUACUUCCAGCUCCCGCUGCCCUUCGUGCCGUCAGACGUCUUGGCAUCUGGCAGGCGAACGUUGCUGUCGAGGGACUUUACCUCGCCGUCCGAUGA